AAACUAUAGAUAAGAAUGUUUUAUCAAUCAUUUCAAUCUUACUGCCUUUUUACAUCAAUAUUUUCCUUUCCGAAAAAAAAAUAACUUCAUCUUUACUAAAUAUGUAAAGUAAACUGAAACUUCAUUUAAACUGAAUUUUGAUCUGUAUACACCAUAUUUUUAAUUGAGUUCCAACGACGUCUAAUUUAUUAACGACUCAACAUGACCAAUCGACGGAUUGAUCUGGCACGGUGAACAUGGAUUUCCCCCGAUUUCCUUUGUUAGAUCGCAGUCUAGACAAAUUAGAUUGAACGACAGGGUCGUUCCAAUCCCGACAGACCGGAGUACUACCGUAACUUUGGCAGACCUGAGUCUCACCAAUAAGGUCAAACGACAGGAUCGUUCCGACACGGUAGACCGGAGUCCUACCGAUUUCCUUUGCCAGACCGGAGUCUCGACAAAAUAGACCAAACGAACGGAUUCGUUUCGAUCCCGACAGACCGGAGUCUUGCCGAUUCCUUGCCAGGCCGGAGCCUCGACAAAAUAGACUGAACGACUGGAUCGUUCCAGUCCCGACAGACCGGAGUCUCAUCGAUUUUUUUGUCAGACCGGAGUCUCGACAAUCAAGGUCAAACGAACUGAUCGUUUCAACCCCGGUAGACCGGAGUCUCGCCGUUUCAUGAAAUCAAUUACCUCUUGUUUUUUAGUAUAAAUUGAAGCACCUCUUUUGAUUUCAAUUUCAGCAGGUUGGCUUUAAAAGUUGGCUUUGCCUAGCUUGAAACGAUUAAAAAGAUUACAACUAUUUUUCACCGAAUUACCAAAUGGUACUUUCAAACACCAUGUCUUCCAACACCACCAAAUGUUUCAGGUAAAAUUUCUUUUGAAGAUCUUGUAAAACACUGAAAAUUUUCACUAUUUUCCAAGAAAUUUUCUGUUUUUCAUCCUCGUCGCCAAUGUAACAUUCUCCAGAAUGUCAACUGCACACCAAAAAAUAUUACGGUAAUCACAAAAGUAACUUACUUUCGAAUUAAAAAGUUGUUAAAAUUUGCUACAUUAAAAGUUUUUUUCUUGUUUUGAAAAUGAAAACUUUUACUGCUACAGUUUUUGAAAAUCUCAUUGCUCACUGAUUUAAAAGUUUUUCCUUUUAAUUCGACUGUAAAAUUUCUUUCAUUUUGACGUUCUCGUGUAACCGUGUACGCCUAAGUCGCAAAUGUAAACAAACACUUUGGUGGGUCCUGUUGUGCUGGUGAGUCUAGGACGUAAAGCAAAGCCGACGGUGGCAGCAGCCAGGAAUCGGAAGCGGAAACCUUCGUGAACCAAACAGCAGCAGCGGAACGCAUUCGAAGGAGGGUGGUGCGGGUGCGGCACGAGGUGAAGUGCUCAAAAAGGACAAGGCGAGCUUCCUGCAGGAACAGCAGCUGUUCCACGACCGGAAUGGGUAAGAAGAAAGCUUGGGUGUUUUUUGGGGCUUGUGAUUGAUUUUGUUUGUUUUUUAGGAUGGGAGGUAGGAAUGUGGAUUCGCACCGGUUGUAUUCGGUGGUGGUGGCCCGGGAUUGGUGAUUGAAGGUCAAUUCCCGCGAGGACUGUAACGACAUCAUCGAGGAGAUGGCGCUGCCGAAGAGUUGCGUGAACAACGAGAUUGCGUUGAAGAAGAUAAACAUCCGGGUUUUGGACAAGUACGAGACAGGUGAUUUUCACGGUGAGGAGAAGGAGCCGACGAAGAGGAGGACGACGAGAAGCGGGAUAAUCGGAGGUGGCCAGAGCGGAUGUUGCACUCGGUGCCGGCGGUUUACAACACCGCUCCAGCCGAAUGAACCUGGACAGCGUGCCGAAAAAAUCUGUGUCAUUCUCGAAGGACGAUGGAGUGCUCGAAAUCGAAUUCCGUUCCGAGGGCCUCAUCAACCCAAUGUUCCGGAUGCGCUUCCAGAAUCUGGAACUCCCCGUUCAGGCACUUCACUUUCCAGCCGGGAAACGUCGAUCACCCUUGCCGAAUCUACAAUCAACUUCUCCAAACCUGUCCUGAUGAAGGCCGGCAACGUGACUAUCCUGUUCUCUACUUUGCUGUCACGCUUCGAAACGUCCAUCCGAAACUGUCCAACUUGGGGUCUUCGGAAGUGACCGGUGGCGUACCAUAAGAAUCGGUACAGCUUGGACUCGGAUUUUGGCCAGAAGCGUUAAAUAUAAUAACAAAAUGUCUUUUUUUUAACAUACUGUUUAAAACUUUUAAAAAUAAACAUAAAAUCAAGCCCAUUUUUCUGAAACUAUCACUGUAGUAUUAAAUGUAGUUUAUUCUUGCUAUAAUAGGUUUCUUUUCAAAUUAAAAGUAAAACACUUUUACCGAUACAACGAUUUUGUUCCAUAAAUGCAUGGUAGUAUCAAAAACUUUCCAACUUUUAAAUUGAAAAGUUUGAACUUUCUACGAAUAUUCACCAACGCGAACUUUUAAUCCAACGAACGAUCUUUUUAAAUUUAGAGUAUUUUUUCUUUGUG